AUGCACAUGACUGAAUUUCAUGCACAUACAAUAGCUGCUCAUACUAAAGACUUAAUAGAAUUCAUUACACAGCAUUCAGAUGGAUCUGUUGUCAUUAGUCUUGGUGCAGAUGGAGCAAGUGUGAUGAGUGGGGAGUAUGCUGGUGUGGGUGAGAUUUUAAGAUCAAAACAUUUUCGGUUGAUUCUCUACAUUCAUUGUACGCACACAGGUUAAAUUUGAUUGUGAAUGACUUGGUAAAAGAUUCUCUGUUGGCUGUCAACGUUCUGGCCGCUACUAUUACCCGCUUGUAUUCCUUUCUCAAUAUUGGUAAAGUGAGACCUAUAUACCAGAAAAUAUUCCAAGAAAUGUUUCUGAAAACACAAAAUAAAUACUUAACUCAACAAUUCGAGGUGGUCUUGCAAAUUUGAAGCAGUUGAUUUUGUUGCAGAAAAGCCUGAAUGUAUAAAACUUUGGCUGAAGUAAGCAACAAUGGAGCAGUACAUGGAGCUAAGCAUGCAGAGGAAGCCACAGGAUUUUAUCACAAAUUGAUGAGUGGUAAAUUCAUUGUAGCCUUGGUGACGUUGCAAUUGUUUUUAGCUGAGUCAGACAAUUUAAUAAAGAGCUACAAGCUGUGGAUAUCAAUUGGACGGAGGUGCAGUACUGUGUUACGAGAACAAGAUUUGGGUUAAAGGAAAUUACGGAGGACACUAUUUAUGAGGCUGCUGAAGAAUGUUCCAAGAAAAUGGGCAUUCCGUUGGUGCUGGAUAAUACAAUACACAAUACUCGAUCAGGGGGCUUUGAAAGAAGUGAGGAAGAUAUUGAAGCUCAACUAAAAAAUUCUAUACUGCAUUUAACAGUUAUAUGCAGGUUCAGUUUUAUUCUGGCGAAGGACAGAGUUUUGUUGAAGGCCCCAAAAGUUUUUUCAGGUGCCAUGGGAAUGCCCAAAUAAUUGCAUAAACAUGGAAAUAAUUCUAACUGGUCCUUACACAAUUUCUCAGUCAUUAAUAAAAAAUCAUCUAGUAAGUGUAACAUAUAACAGAUAUUCAAUUUGUUUUGUGCUAUCCCACUCAUAAUAAUAAAACCCCUUCCACAUUAUUCCUAUAAUAAACGAUAAUCUUUUGUCUGAAUUGGUAAUAGUCAAAAAGCAUUUUUAAUGUCUGUUUUUCCUAUAAAACAUCUUGGUCCUAAUUGCUUAAUAAGCUUUAUAGCAUCGUCAAUUGUAGAAUAAGAAACAGUUGAAUGCUUGUGAUCUAUACCAUUAUUUACAGAUGACCCAUGUGGGUCAAUCUCUUACCCAGAGCAAUUCCUGUGCACAGGCUAGUAUGGCAUUGGCUCUGGGGAAGGGGAAGGCUAGUAUGGCAUUUCCCCAGAGCCAAUGCCAUCCUAGCCCGCGCACAGGCAUUGCUCUGGGUACGAGAUUGCAUGUGGGUAUGAAAGAUGAUGAAUAAGACAAAAUUUGCCAGGCACUUUCUUAGGGACAAUGCCUAAAGGAAAUACCCAAAAAUCUUGGAAGGGUGGUUUAUCAAAAGAACCUGCUAAUGACAGGUUGACAAUUCCUUUGAAAUUUUUGCAUCAACUGGCAGUGGAUUGCUCAAAGCAGAUACUAAAUUUUUUGCAAUAAAUUAUUUAUGAACACCUUGAUAAUGUAAAGGAAAGCCUUCACUAAAACCAUGUGCCAAAAAUUCAGUUAAAUGAUCAUAUCCUUCCUGAAAAAUUACUAAACUAUCAACUUUUACUGGAGUGGGGAGCUGCCUGUCCGUGAAAUUGUGUGUUUUCACCAAAAGCUUUGCCUUGGGUAUGAAAAAAAUUGCACUGACUCGCUCGAUGCUCGCGUUGGCAAUGAAAGCAUGCGUGUUUUGAAAGCACAACCUGCACAAUCUAACCCACAAUGGAACUUGAAACAAAAACCAUGUGGUACAUGUUGAUUAUUGCUACCUUUGGCAGGGCCAGUAAAUGGCUGGUCUCGCUUACUCAACAUAGAAGACGGUUGUGCACAUAACCAUAACUCCUAGUGAACACAUCCCCAAGGCAAGGCUGAAGCAGGAUUUUGUCUUAAAAAACGGAAGUUCUCAUUAUAAAAUUUCCAGUUGAAACCCUGUGAUGCUAAGUUUUGGGGAUUAUUUCAUAAUACUUCAUCAACCCCGGGGAUUCACUUGGAAACCUACGAGUGUAGACUCCUACAAAUAUAUGAAAGAGCCAUUGAUUAAUAUUGAACCUUUUUUGGCUCCGGUUAAUUGCCUCGAGACAAAUAGAGGGGCCAUUAUUACCCUCUAAACUUUGAAAAGACAACUGGAACUUAUUGUUCCCUUGACUAGAAAUAAGGGUACUAAAUUCCACAUAUUCGUUAUUCCAAAUUUUGGCUUUUACUUUAUCAUUCACUCUAGAAUCUAUUUGCUUAAAUAAAAAAAAGUUUUUGGAAUAGAUGGUGUAUCACCAUAAUAUAUAUGUGCGAUAGCGUCUUGGGACUGCCCCACAGCUACUUCGACCAGAGAAACUAUUGCAGGGUAGACUUCCUGCAAGAUGUUGUGGUCCACUGGCUGCUGCAGAAUGCUGGGCAUCAGGCUGGUAGGUUGACUGAAACAGUUGGAUUGGUACCCAUGGAACGUCCAGAGAGUCUCUGUGUCACAACAUCAGCAACCUUUGUCACCAGCUGCUCAAUUAGAUCUGGGAUCAACAGCUUCAACUACUGGUGCAGAUACUUGGCUGGAUGCGGACUUUGACUUCUUUGCUGGUCGAGCUGCCUUUUUGGCUGGACCUUUUUAACAUCUGGGUGGUUCACAGUUGAAACAACCUCUGCUGCGCUUGGAUCCGGAUUCAAGGUGGAUUGUGUUGCAUGCCGAGGCAUAUUUAUACUAUAUGAAAGAAACAUACAUAACUUGGCAGCUAUUUGAUCUGAAAGGUUAGAUUAACCCCACACUGGCAUGAAAAUUUUUAUAAACAUGACUAGCCAAAAGGCAACACAGACCCCACUGGCAAAAGUGUAAAUAAGCCAAAUGAUUAUAAUAAACCACACUGGCAAGAAAAAUAUAUAAUAUAUUGCCAAAAGGUAACAAAUAAAUGUCCCCGCAAACAGAAGGAGGUUGAGUAAAAGUCUCGAGGGACUUUUACUAAACUUCCCGAGGUUUGCAGGGUCAUUUAAUCACUAAUUUCCCUCAAAGCAUGCAUUUAGUUUGUAAAUACAUAGUAGCCAAGGGAAUCGUGCAUGGUGUGGUGUUGCCUGCUGUUUGAUUGUCUUAUGAUUGUGGUAUGAACACGUUUCUUAUAUACGCACGCACAGAAACACAUUUCUGUGUUCAUUCUUUUCAGGCAUGCGCAUAAACGGAAUUUUCUCCCACAAUUGAAAUGUUCAAGAUUAGGGAAUAAAAGCUCUCAAAGUGAUUGUUCUAAUGUGUACGGGAUGGUGUCUUCAGAUACUGUCCAUAGUUGUGCCAAUGAUUUUUGAUGCGGUAGAGCUCCCAAAUCAGAGGUAAUGGGGUACGCUUUUGUCUUCUAAAUAUCCCUCAUCAAGAAUGCAGGGAAAAUUAGAAGACAAAGAAAUCCUUUGUUUUCAGCUAAAUAUCCCUGUUUCCCCGGGAAAGAAUUUGCUUUUGGUAACAUUUUGUCCAGCCAUAAUUGUGCAAAGGAAUUUGAUGAACAAACCAUUGGGAAAGUUCGAAACAUUAAUGACAAACUCACCGAAAUCAAGGUUAAGCAAAAACAAGAAAAGGUCAGAAAAGCAAAACAGAAAAAAAGCAAAACAGAAAAAAAGCAAAAAAGUGCAAAGCUAUGAGAGAGAAAAUGUGGGAAAAGUCUGUCAACUCAUUUUGAAUACAGCACUUUAGAAGUAAUUGAUAGCCACAACCUUAAUGUUGAAGCCCUGGCGAGUGUACCUGCCCAUCAAAUAAAAUAUCUGAGAAUAAUCUAGGGCAGAAUUUCAUCAAAAAAUGGCCGAACUCAAGGAGAAAUUAAUGAGAAUAUGAGCCGUACGCGGGGGGAACAGAGGAGUUAUUACAAAGUUAGUUAAUCAAUGAAGCUGAAGGACUUUUGAAAGAAUUCUGAGGAUGAUUGAAAUACGAUAAACGGGUUACUCGAGGAAAAGUUUAGAUUUGUAAAGGAAUUGGAUGAGAAAAUAAUCGAAAUUUGCGAAGUUGUAGACAUAGCAAGUGAAAUCAACGAAGCAGAGGACUUAGUAUCAAGAGAUUUAGACACUCAACGACAUAUAUUCGAGAAAAUGCACGAGGUCGAAGAAGUUUAUAAGGAAGUACAAAGCAAGAGCCCUGAUAAUGUGCCUACAAAUACUACGAAUGAGGAACCGGCAGUGGAACAAGAACAAAGCGAAACUGUCCUGGACACUUCAGCUAGUACUGGCAAUAGUCAAUCUGUGUCACCAAGUCAACCCAAGUCAACUGAAUCUGCAGGUACAGUGAAUACUGAACAAAAUUCUAUUAUUAUUAACAACAAUAAUGUGCCUAUUAAUAGUUUGGACGUUCUCUGGUUUUAUAAAAAUUUAUUGAAACGAGCUUUCGACUGCCAGUCUGCAGUCUUCAACGGGCAAGUGAUAAUGAAUUACAUGGAAAAACAUUGGUUUACAAUUACAUACAAAAACAAUUAAACAGUUCCGCUCCGCCUAUGUUAUAGAUAUAUGAUGAUAUUAUAUUAACAAGAAAAAUAGAUUAACUGUUCAAGAUCUUUUUAAGAGAAACCGGUAUUGUUCAGGCAAAUGUUUCGAGUUAUUGUCAGCAUUAGUUGUAAUUGCAGUGUGCCAACUUUCGAGGGUUGAUCUAUGGCGGUAGUUUCCUUUGUCGAUGAUUUUGCUGUUUUCAAAAUCUAUUUUAUGAUCAUUUGACCAUAAUGUGCCUGUGUUAACCCAAAACUGAUGAAUAAUGUGCCUGUGUUAACCCAAAACCGAUCAAAAUUACCAAAGCUUGUAUUACCGAAAUUUCGUGGCGAUGUCACUCAGUGGAGAACCUUUUGGAAUAGUUUUAAUAGUGCCAUACAUACUAACAGCUAUUUAACGAAGAUAGACAAAUUUAAUAAUUUUAAUUCAUUAUUGGAGGGACAGGCUUUACAGGCAAUUCAAGGACUAACCCUAACUGAGAGAACUAUCAGUCAGCUAUCGAUAUUUUAAAUCAACGUUUUGAUUGCAUAUUAUUUCUACGCAUAUGGAUGAACUCCUUAAAGUUCCAGCAUGUACCACGGACAAGACCUCACAACUACAAUUUUUUUAUGAUAAAAUUAGCAUCAAUGUCCGGGGGUUAGAAGCCCUGGGGGUCAACUCAAGCCAAUACGGCAGCCUUCUGAUACCGGUUGUCAUGUCAAAAUUGCCUCAAGAUGUCUGACUUCAGAUAGCUAGAAAUACUGCACAAGAUGUGUGGGAAAUGUCAGAACUGUUAAGUGUUAUUUGAAAGGAAGACGAAGCUCAAGAGAUAAGUGACGAAAUCAAAGUGAGUCCUGAAAAACCCAAUGCAGCGCAGCCUAAGCCACAGCCCCAUGGUUCUGCUGCUGCAUUGGUGGCUAAUGGCCAACCCUCUGGAAAUAAAAUUCAAUGUGUGUAUUGUUCUGGCCAUCAUUUUUCUGCCUCUUGCACAAAGACAAGCGAAGUGCAUGCUUGACUAGAAAUCCUAAAACGAGAUCGAAGGUGUUUUGUUUGCCUCAAAAGGGGACAUCGAAGUAAUCAGUGUUCAAGUCAAAGGGGUUGUAGACUGUGUAAUGAUAGACAUCAAUCCAUCUGCAAUCAACAAAUUCUGACAUUGAAACCUGAUGCACAUGAGCCAGCAGCCGCAACAAAGGAAAACGAAGGUGUUCAUGGUUCCCAAACCUUUCAACAAUUCCAAAAUCGAACUGAAACCCCAGAACCUAAUGCCCACACAGUUCAUAUACAGAGUACUAGAACUAGUGUCAAUGCAAAGGGACAAGUUAUGUAACAAACUGCUCCUGCUAUAGCAACCAAUGAAGAUAGAUCUAAAUCGACUAAAGUAAAAAUAUUUGACAGUGGGAGUCAACUCUCCUAUAUUACUGAUAGUUUGAAAUCAACACUGAACAUAAAAGCCAAGAAGACUGAAACACUUCACCUCAACACCUUGGGUGAAAGAAGUUAUCGAAAGCAGAAAUGUGAAGUAUCGCCAUUGUCACUUCGAAGCAACAAAAACGAAGAUGUUAUGAUUUCUUCCCUAAGCUUUCCAUUCAUUUGCUCUCCUUUCAUUUGCUCUCCUUUAUCUAUGAAGAUCGAAGUGGAUCAGUAUCCCCAUUUACAAGGGUUACAACCAGCGGACAAUUCUGAUUCUAACGAUUCUAUUGAUGUCCUUAUUGGCACUGACCAUUAUUGGGACCUUAUUGAAGGUGAUACAGUUCGAGGAGAAUUUGGCCAUGUAGCAAUUGAUAGCAAGUUUGGCUGGCUUAUAUCUGGACCAACCAACAAUGGGUUGUGCAAUGAAACAUGCACAACAAAUCUGGCAGUAUUGGGUAGUGACAACCAUUCUGAAACAACACAAGAUCCACUAGUUGAUGUGUUGAAAACAUUUUGGGAGAAAGAAUCGAUUGGGAUCAAAGGUGAUCCAGAGCCUAAAGAAUUCAUUGAGUCGUUCAACAAGAGUGUACAUUUCGACAGAACAUGA